CUUCUCAACUCCUUCUCCUUCAUCGGACCAUAACUCUCUCCUCUUCCAUCCCGCAACCUUCUUCUCUUCCUUCCUUAUUAGAGCAACGACGCAAUCUACAUGCCAAGGGUGUGAAGUCUGCCACAUCCCGUCUGAGACAGCCACAGAUCCAUCUCACUGUCCUUGUGAUCUAGAGUGGGAAAUUCGCACUGCUUCUUUCCCUGCGUGCUACUACUACCUCGUCUGAGUGCGGCCCCUUGGCGAGUCCCUCUUUGCAUUGACGUCUCCUUCGUCUGAUCACAAGCAAUGGAUCCUCGUCUGGCUCGCAUGGCGGCUUUGAAGCAGGAGAAGGAGGCAAAGCAGAGGGCCGCUCAGGCAUUGGAGACGGAGGCAGCAGCCUCACAGCAAGGGAGCAGUGACAGUCAGUCUGCCCUGCAUUCUACAGAUGAGCUAGUGUCAUCUUCGGAGGCAAACGAUGUAGACGGCACUGAGCUCCCGCAGACCGCCCCUGCCGCCGAUGAUGAGGACGACGAUGUGGAUGGAGAGGAGAAUGUGGAAGGUGAUGCAGACGCCGAAGGGGAUGACGAUGAAGACGACGACGGCGUUGACGGAGAGGAGCAGACACAGCAAAAGCAAGAGGGCGAACAGGAGGAAGAAGUCAAGCCAGCAGUGACAGAAGCAACGAGCGGGCCAAACGGCGAUACCACUCAGGAACAAGGCCCCUCCACCGUCUCAGCAGCAGUCACCGAUGGCACGCAGGAAGUGCAGACUGGCGGAGAGGAGGACGAUGAUGCCGAUGGAGAGGCCAUGGAAGAGAGCGAUGGCGAGGAAGAGGCCGCACAAGAACAGCAGCAGCAGCAGCAGCAGCAGCAGCAGACUGGUCAAGCUCAGCCGCAAGAAGAGACGGUCACUGAGGCAAUCAUUGAGCCCACGUCCGAGAUCAUCAAAGCCGAAGCUGCAGUCUCGCCUCCCCAGCCUCAAGCCGAUUCAAAGACUGCUCCUCUACAGCCGCUAUCUCAAAAGGCAGAAGCUCGCGAUCAAGUCGAUGCAUUCCUUGCUCAAAUCCAAGCUCAACAAAGCAACGGUGCUCUACAGUCCUCUUCUGCUCCACAACCUGAUCUUUCGACACCUGCUGCCCGUCGAGCCCACCUGCUGGCUCGUUUAGAGAAGGAGCCGCGAGAUUCGGAAGCCUGGCUUACUCUGCUGGCUGACUCUGAGUCACGACUGGCAGAAGGUGACCCUACGUGGACGAUUGAUGAUGUCCGCUCGACAUACGACAAGUUUUUGGAGGUAUACCCCUGCGCGGCGAGACAGUGGCUGGCUUACAUCGACCUGGAGCUCUCUCUCUCCAACUUUCAGCAAGUAGAAGCGCUCUUCACUCGCUGCCUGCGGAGUACCCCGUCCGUGUCGCUUUGGAAAAGUUAUCUUUCCUACACCCGCAGAGUCAAUCCGCUUCCUGCCCCUAGCGGAUCUGGAGACGAGGAAGGCGAACGUGGGCGCGUACGGCGUCUGAUCGAGGAAGCAUAUGAGUUUGCAACUCGCCAUGUGGGCAUGAGUCGAGAUGCUGGAGAGAUCUGGGGCGAGUACAUCAAGUUCAUCAAGGAUCGUGAAGCCAAGACGCCCUGGCAGAGUGGGCAGAAGAUGGACGAUCUGAGGAAGAUCUACCAGAGGGUGGUUGGGAUCCCUCUUGCAAAUGUUGAAGCCAUCUGGAGGGAGUAUGAUCAAUUCGAGAAUGGCUUGAACAGAGUUACGGCCAAAAAGUUCCUCGCAGAGCGAUCAGCCGCGUACAUGACAGCUCGUAGCGCUUUGCGCGAAAUGCGUCACCUGGUCGACCACCUCCAUCGUCCCUUGCUUCCUCGCCUCCCUGCAUGGGUCACCACUGCUACGGCCCCUCCACCUACCUCAGCAGACCUCUCUCGAGACCGCGAACGGCUCGAGGCGUGGAAGGCUUACCUGCAAUGGGAGGAAAGCGAUCCGCUGGAGCUGGGUGAAGGGGAGGGAGCUGCCCCUGGCACGAACGAAGUGUUGCGGAAACGGGUUGAAGUUGCGUACGCUAAGGCUACCAUGCACAUGAGGUUCAACAGCGAAGUCUGGUGGAUGGCGAGCCGUUGGGCUGAGAGCUGCGGAAGGACAGAAGAGAGUGUGCAAUGGCUGAAGGAUGGUAUGAAGGCAUGCCCCGGCAGCUAUCUUCUGUCCUUUGCAUAUACAGAGUCCUGCGAGACUCGAGGCGUCACGUCGGAUUGCUCGGCAGUCUUCGAAGCCCUGCUCAGUCAUACUCACUCGCAGAUUGAGGCUCUCGAAGCCGAGCUGGAAGCAUCUCUCUCUUCGAUCGACGUCUCAGCUGCAGCUGCCCGAUCACAGGUCUUGGCCGCAAAGCGCGAUGCAGGAGAUGCAGACGAGCUGGAAGGUGAAGAGAGGGAGGAGGAGCGCAAGCUCGAGGAGGCCCGAGAUGCUCAAAAGGAAGCGUUGCGAGCGACAAUGAAGCCUCGCAUUGAUUCGCUGAAGGAAGAGGCCUCGCUGGUCUGGAUCCGUUGGAUGCACUUUGUGAGGAGAACAGAGGGUCUGCGACCCACCAGAGCCAUCUUCUCCAAGGCUCGAAGGUCGCCUCACGUCACCUGGCAGAUCUACGAAGCCAGCGCACUGAUGGAGUACCACUGCUCCAAGGACGCCAACGUCGCUACAAAGGUCUUCGAAUUGGCUCUCAAGACCUUUGGCAGCGAUGAGGCUUUUGUGGUGCGAUACUUGGACUUUCUCAUCUCCAUCAACGACGAGAACAAUGCACGCUCUCUCUUCGAACGGACGCUCCCUUCCUUCCCGCCGAAUCGAGCUCGCCCGCUAUGGUCGCGCUGGGCGUCGUACGAGUACACGUUUGGGGACUCUACCUCGAUUCGCAAGCUCGAGGCGCGUCUGGCAGAAAUGUACCCUGAAGAGUCGCCCCUGAAGCGGCUGCGAGAUCGUUCUGCCUAUGGCGAUUUGGAGGUGAUAGGGCUCAGGGAUUUGGGAGAGGAGCGGCUUGGAGAAAAGGGUGGAGCUACAGCUGCUGAGCGGGCGGUGCUAGCAGCGAACAGCGAAGUAGCGCCUGCCAGUGCAAUUUCGGCAGCAGCAGCCGGCGAUGCUGCCAUUACGGCAAAGGCAGUCGCUGCUGCUGCUGCCGUGUCGACAACGAAGCGCGAAGAGGGCAACAAUGACCUCAAGCGCGGAAGAGAGGCGGGUGAUGAUGGAGCUAAUAAGAGGAGGGGAAUGGGUUUGGGCGCUACCCCUCCUGCUGGACCACCAGCAGCAGGCAGCAGGAGCUCUCUCCCUCCACAAGGAGCCGUCUUCCCCGCAGCGGGCAGUGGAGGACCGAGCAACGGAUUCCAGCCACAACAGCAGCAGCAGCAGCAAUUCGGUACACCCCCACCUCUCCCCUCCCUCGCAGAUGGAAUCCUCUAUUUCCUUUCCCUUUUGCCCAAUGCACGCUCAUUCGACGGACCUAGACUCCCCGCCGAACAGGUCAUGGAGGCAGUCAGAAGCAGCAACAUUGCUGCGCCUGCACCAGGUGUACUUGGUGCGCCUGGUAUGGCAGGAGGAGCAGCAGGACCGGGCAUGGGUCCAGCUGGAGCACCGGGAGGGUGGGCUGCUGGGAGAGGAGCAGGAGUGGUGCCGCCUUUGGGCCCUUCCGGAAGAGGUGGAGGGGUGGUUGGGAGAGGUGCGAGGAGGAGAUUCUAAGAAGAGGAGGCGCCGCGUGUGUGUGGUCGUCUAAUAUCAUAUAGUACAUUGC